CUGGGAACACCAACCUGAGAGUGUAACCAUAGCUAAAACCCUAGCAAUCACCCCCAAAGCCCUGAAUCCCUAUUUUUAACGUUGGACCUCUACUGUGAAUUUCUCAAGUGCCCUAACGUCAAAAUGGUUCGGAGCAUCAAAAACCCUAAGAAAGCGAAACGAAAGAACAAGGGUAAAGAAAAUGGGUCGUCUUCUGCUGCAGUACCGUCUAUGCCAGUAAAAGUGUGGCAACCAGGUGUGGACAAGCUGGAGGAAGGCGAAGAGCUCCAGUGUGAUCCUUCUGCCUAUAAUUCUCUUCACGCCUUCCAUAUCGGAUGGCCAUGUUUGAGCUUUGAUAUUGUUCGUGAUACAUUGGGGAUGGUACGAACAGAGUUUCCACAUACAGCGUAUUUUGUUGCAGGAACUCAGGCAGAGAAAGCUACUUCGAACUCCAUAGGAAUAUUUAAGAUAACCAAUAUUUCUGGGAAAAGACGGGAACUAGUUCCUCCUACAAAAUCCACCACUGAUGGUACUGAUAUGGGAAGUGAUGAUGAUAGUGAUAGUGAAUCAGAAAGUGAAGAUGAAGGCCCUGAUGGAUCUGGGUCACAAGUUCUGCAGUUGCGUAGUGUGGCUCAUCAAGGUUGUGUUAAUCGCAUACGUGCCAUGACACAGAGCCCUCAUAUAUGUGCAUCAUGGGCAGAUACAGGUCAUGUCCAGAUCUGGGACUUCAGCUCUCAUCUCAAUGCUUUGGCAGCAUCAGAAUCAAAUCUUGAGGGCGCUUCUUUAGUUCAUACUCAGGCUCCCUUGUUUAAAUUUGGGCACAAGGAUGAAGGCUUUGCUAUAGACUGGAGUCCACUUGUGCCUGGAAGGCUUUUAUCUGGGGACUGCAAGAACUACAUUCAUUUUUGGGAGCCUACAUCUGAUGCAUCAUGGAAAGUUGAUAAUACUCCUUUUAUUGGUCACACUGCCAGUGUAGAAGAUCUUCAAUGGAGCCCUACAGAACAAGACAUAUUUGCCUCUUGUUCUGUGGAUGGAACUAUAGCAAUAUGGGACGUCCGUAUAGGGAAGAAACCUGUAGAUUCUUUUAAGGCACAUGAUGCGGAUGUUAAUGUUAUUUCAUGGAACAGGCUUGCUAGUUGUAUGUUGGCAUCUGGAAGCGAUGAUGGGACAUUUUCCAUUCAUGAUCUCAGAUCACUUAAGAACAAGGAACGGGAUACAGUGGUGGCGCAUUUUGCAUACCAUAAACAUCCGAUCACAUCUAUUGAAUGGAGUCCGCAUGAAGCUUCCACUUUGGCAGUGUCUUCAGCUGAUAAUCAGCUCACAAUAUGGGACCUUUCUUUGGAGAGAGACGAAGAAGAGGAGGCGGAGUUCAGAGCUAAGACUAAAGAAGAAGUAAAUGCCCCACAAGAUUUACCUCCUCAACUUCUUUUCGUUCAUCAGGGACAGAAGGACAUAAAAGAGCUCCAUUGGAAUUCUCAGAUUCCAGGCAUGAUCAUAUCUACCGCAGGAGAUGGUUUUAACAUUCUCAUGCCAUCGAACAUACAAAAUACACUUCCCUCUGAUGGUGCCUGAAAUGCGAACCUCGUUGCUGAGAGACCUACAAAAUUUUGAUGAUUUCCAAAAUCCCAUCUCCAUCCCCCGUGCAUAGUCACCUUUUUCAUUUCUUUCUUUUUUCUGGCCAAGAACAUUUGCAGUUUAUUUUUUUUUUAAUAUUAUUAUUAUUGAAAAAACAUAAUGCAGUGUUUUGGCUGUUUGGCUUUAAAUUGUUUUUAUAACAUGUCAGUUUUGGUUUAUGUUAAAAACUUAUUUUAGCA